GAUAAAUAAAAAAAGGAGAAGAAGUAAUUUAUCGGUUUUACCCUUCAAAAUUUUGAGUUUCUACAAUUUGAUGGUGCGUUUAGAGACCUCGCAGAGAAGCACACUCUUUAUUUGUCUGUUACAUUGCUUUCUCUCUCUAAAAACUUUCUCCAUUUUUUCUCUUUUUAAAAUUUUUAUUUUUAUUUUUUGCUUCCCCUUCUUCAUUUUGUACAUGCGCCUCCAUUCUAUCACCACCACCACCGUCGCCGCCGUCACCAUCGCCGCGUGCUCUCCUAGGGCUUCUUCCUCUGAUUGCAUACUUAUUUAUUCGAGCUGGAUUCCCCCAUACUCCUUCCAAUCUCCAAUGGCUUACGCCGCUGGUUCAUCGGUUUCGUUGAUUAAUUAAAAUCAUUACAUAUCAAUCACUCCACCACCACCCCUUCCCCUGUUUUAUCUCCGGCGGCUCUCUCACUCACUCCUCACUCUCUCCUUUCUCUACUCCGCGACUGUUUCCAACGCGCCGAUUUCUCCUCAUACCCGUUGGGCACGUCUAGGGUUUGUCUCCCUAUCAAUUGCUGUCUUUCUUUUAUUCUGGGUCUAAAAGGAGCUGAAAGGAAAGGCCUUUCUUUGGAUUCGAUCCCUUGUUGUUAUGUGUUGCUGCCCGAAAUUCGUUCGAUUAGGGCAGGGUUAAGACUACAAAGAGCGGGAAAGGCAGCGAGACAGAUUGAUUUUUCUCCGAAUGGCAUUGGGGGAUUUGAUGGCGUCUAGGUUUCCUCAUUCCCAAUCGUCCUCUGCUCUGGCUUUGGCGACGGCUAAUCACUUUGAGGAGUUGGAUAUUAGUGGUAGCAAUAGUGGUAAUAGUAGUAAUGGUAACAUGGUGGUUGUUGUUCCCGAGGAUGGUGAUGGUGAGAGGAGUGUUGUUCGGGAUUAUUCCGAAACUGCCAGUACUAGUAGUUAUGCUGGUGGUGUGGCCACCUCCACCGCAAUGACGACGACGACGACAACUACAAGCAUGGCUUAUUUGCCCCAGACUGUGGUCUUGUGUGAGCUCCGGCAUGAGGCAUUCGAGGGUACCUUACCUUCUGGCCCAUCUGACAGUGGCUUGGUCUCUAAAUGGCGGCCCAGGGACCGGAUGAAGACGGGAUGUGUUGCCCUUGUAUUAUGUUUAAAUAUUAGCGUCGACCCCCCUGAUGUUAUAAAGAUUUCUCCUUGUGCUCGAAUGGAGUGCUGGAUUGGUAUAAAUUUUGGAACUUCAUUUUAUUUCUUUUGUGUCUAAAAUAGCAACUUUGUUAGCCUGUUAACCUCUUUAUAUUCGUGUUCCGCUCCAUGUAGAUCCAUUCUCAAUGGCACCACAAAAAGCUCUUGAAACAAUUGGACGAACCCUAAACCAACAAUACGAGAGAUGGCAGCCUAGGGCUCGGUACAAGAUCUCUUUAGAUCCCACUGUGGAUGAGGUGAAGAAGCUUUGUACAACUUGCCGCAAAUAUGCGAAGUCGGAGAGAGUUCUGUUUCAUUAUAAUGGACAUGGAGUCCCAAAGCCAACACCUAAUGGAGAAAUUUGGCUUUUCAAUAAGGUUUUGUUACAGCAAUAUGAGACUAUUUCCAUGUCUUCUAUUGUUUUUCUCUUUCUUCUCAUAGGCUUUUAAACUUGCAGAGUUAUACACAGUACAUUCCGUUGCCCAUUAGUGAUUUGGAUUCCUGGUUGAAAACACCGUCAAUAUAUGUUUUUGACUGCUCUGCGGCGGGGAUGAUUGUCAAUGCCUUCAUUGAGCUUCAGGAUUGGACUGCAUCUGCUUCUUCUGGCAGUUCAACUAGGGAUUGUAUUUUGCUCGCAGCCUGUGAAGCACAUGAGACCCUUCCGCAGAGUGCUGAAUUUCCAGCUGAUGUGUUCACUUCUUGCCUUACGACGCCUAUCAAAAUGGCUUUGAGAUGGUUUUGUACUCGCUCUCUGCUUCGAGAGUCUCUUGAUUAUUCAUUAAUAGAUAGGAUUCCUGGCCGGCAAACUGACAGGAAGACCCUUCUUGGGGAACUGAAUUGGAUAUUUACAGCAGUUACUGAUACAAUUGCCUGGAAUGUUCUUCCGCAUGAUCUGUUCCAGAGGUUGUUCAGGCAAGAUCUUUUGGUUGCUAGUCUAUUUCGUAACUUUCUGCUGGCAGAGAGAAUCAUGCGCUCUGCCAAUUGUUCACCCGUUUCAUAUCCCGUCUUGCCGCCAACACAUCAGCACCAUAUGUGGGAUGCUUGGGAUAUGGCUGCUGAAAUCUGCCUUUCUCAGCUUCCAGCUCUUGUCGAUGAUCCUAAUGCAGAUUUUCAGCCUAGUCCUUUCUUUACGGAGCAGUUGACAGCUUUUGAAGUCUGGCUUGAUCAUGGAUCAGAACUUAAAAAACCGCCUGAACAGCUGCCCAUUGUUCUUCAGGUUUUGCUUAGUCAAUGUCACCGGUUCCGAGCAUUGGUGCUUCUUGGAAGGUUUCUUGAUAUGGGAUCCUGGGCUGUGGAUCUGGCCUUAUCCGUUGGAAUAUUUCCUUACGUUCUGAAGCUCUUGCAAACCACUACACCCGAACUCCGCCAAAUUCUUGUGUUCAUAUGGACAAAGAUUCUUGCUCUUGAUAAGUCUUGCCAGGUUGAUCUUGUGAAGGAUGGUGGGCAUGCUUAUUUCAUUAGGUUUCUUGAUAGUGUGGAAGCUUACCCAGAACAACGAGCCAUGGCUGCAUUUGUUCUGGCUGUAAUUGUAGAUGGUCACAGACGAGGUCAGGAAGCCUGCAUUGAAGCCGAUCUGAUCCCUGUCUGCUUGAGGCACCUUCAGGGGUCGAAUCUGAACGAUUCACAAACUGAACCCCUUUUUCUUCAGUGGUUGUGCCUCUGUCUUGGGAAAUUAUGGGAAGACUUCACUGAUGCUCAAAUGCUGGGUUUGCAAGCAGAUGCCCCUGCAAUAUUAGCUCCAUUACUCUCUGAACCCCAACCUGAGGUUCGAGCUGCAGCUGUUUUUGCUUUGGGCACCGUUUUAGAUGUUGGAUCUGACAUGGCAAGAGAUGGCUCUGUGGCAGAGGAAGAUUGUGAUGACGAUGAUAGAGUGAGAUCUGAUGCUGGUAUUGUGAAGAACAUUUUGAGUGUUGUUUCAGAUGGAAGUCCACUGGUUCGUGCUGAGGUUGCUGUAGCUCUUGCCCGGUUUGCCUUUGGUCACAAUAAACACCUCAAGUCAGUUGCUGCUGCAUAUUUGAAGCCUCAACCGAACUCCUUGCUUACGGCAUUGCCUUCAUUUACAGUCAAAGGUUCAGGAAGUGGCUAUACAACGCCUACACAGUUUAUGCCACACGGAAGUAUCGUUCCAUCCACUAUUGCUCCUUUGCAUAGAGUUGGGGAUAAUACGCCAUCAGCUGUACGAGAUGGAAGGGUAUCAACCAGCAGUCCCCUAGCAACACCUGGUGUUAUGCAUGGAUCUCCACUGUCUGAUGAUUCUUCUCAGCAUUCCGAUUCUGGCAUAGUGGCUGACUCCAUUAGCAAUGGCACUGUUAACCACCACUCAAGACCUAGACCACUUGACAAUGCUCUCUAUUCGCAGUGCAUUUUGGCUAUGUGCACAUUGGCUAAAGACCCUUCUCCGAGAAUUGCAGCCCUUGGACGUCGAGUAUUAUCCAUUAUCGGUAUUGAACAGGUGGUUGCAAAAUCUGUCAAGUCAACUGCUGGUUCACAGCUUACAGAAUCAGCUACUAAUACGAACCCUAGUCUUACUGGACUAGCUCGUUCAUCAUCAUGGUUUGACAUGAAUGGAGGCCAUUUACCCCUCACGUUCAGGACUCCUCCAGUGAGCCCGCCUCGGCCUAGUUACCUGACUGGGAUGCGGAGGGUUUAUUCCUUAGAGUUUAGACCACAUUUGAUGAGUUCUCCAGAUUCUGGGCUUGCUGAUCCAGUUUUGGGUACUGCUGGACCGUCCGGGUCUUCGGAACGCAGUUUUCUUCCCCAGUCUACCAUCUAUAACUGGAGUUGUGGUCACUUCUCGAAGCCUCUCCUUACUGCUGCAGAUGACAGCGAAGAGAUUAUUGCCAGAAGAGAAGAGAGGGAGAAGCUUGCUUUGGACCGUAUAACCAAAUGCCAACAUUCUUCUUUGCAGAAACCUGAAAAUCAAAUUGCUAGUUGGGGUACCAAGUUUGAGACGGGAACAAAAACUGCUUUGCUGCACCCCUUCUCUCCAUUGGUGAUUGCGGCAGACGAGAACGAGAGGAUAGGGGUCUGGAACUAUGAAGAAGCAACACUUCUCAACAGUUUUGAGAAUCAUGAUUACCCUGAUAAAGGAAUUUCAAAGCUCUGCCUUGUAAAUGAGCUUGAUGAGAGCUUGCUGCUUAUUGCUUCAAGUGAUGGAAGUGUCCGCAUUUGGAAGGAUUAUACAUCAAAAGGUCAACAGAAGUUAGUCACUGCAUUUUCAUCACUCCAAGGUCAUCAUCGACCAGGUGUUCGUUGUGUUAAUGCUGUUGUGGAUUGGCAGCAGCAGUCGGGGUGUCUGUUUGCAUCGGGUGAUAUAUCAUCUAUCAUGUCAUGGGAUCUGGACAAGGAACAACUUGUAAAUACUAUCCCAUUAUCAUCAGAUUGCAGCGUUUCAGCAUUGGCUGCUUCUCAAGUGCAUGGGGGUCAAUUUGUUGCUGGUUUUUCAGACGGAUUUGUGAGAUUGUUUGAUGUUCGAACCCCUGAAAUGCUUGUUUCUGCAGCACGGCCACAUACACAAAGGUUAGAAAGAAUAGUUGGACUUGCUUUUCAACCUGGGCUUGAACCGGGAAAGGUAAAUGACAAUUUUACCUUAUCUGCUUCACCUGUGAUCCUCAAAAGUUGUUGAGCAGUCAUCAUGCCAUCGACAGUUGAUAUGUGUUUCCCGUUGUUUCUGUGGUGUCUAGAUUGUGAGUGCAUCUCAGGCUGGUUUUAUUCAAUUCCUCGACAUGAGACGUCUUGGCGAUACAUAUCUCACUAUCGACGCUCACCGGGGUUCAUUAACAGCUUUGGCUGUCCACCGGCACGCUCCCCUUGUUGCCAGUGGUUCUGCAAAGCAGCUAAUUAAGCUUUUUAACCUGGAAGGCGAGCAGUUAGGGAGCAUCCGGUAUCAGCCAUCUUUCAUGGCGCAGAAGAUUGGAUCCGUUAGCUGCCUUACCUUCCAUCCAUAUCAAGUAUUGCUUGCUGCUGGAACUGCCGAUGGUUGUGUCUCUAUACACGGUGAUGAGACUUCCGGUCCGAGGUGAGCAUACUGUUGAAUGGUUCAGUAAGUAUUCCAUUCCGGUUGGUCUGCUUGAACUCGAUGAGGAGGUGCAACAGAAGGACCCCAGAUGUGAGGCGAUGGAUUAAGGUGAUGUCUCAGCCCCUCGGUGUGCUCGAAAGGACUGAAACGAGCUUCUCCAACUGGGUUGGAAGAUGAUGUAUGUUAUAUAAUUCAUUAAAGUCUCUGCUCUAGAAGGUUUGCCCGGAAAAUCGGGGCGAAAUCAACGCGUAGCUUGGGAGGCUUUGGCCAAUAAACCAAAAUACAUAGGGUAAAAAGAAAGGUGUAAAUAUGUUGCUAGUCUCUUUCGGCUUAGUGUGCCCUGUUUUUUUUUUUUGGUUACAAAAUCCUUUUUCUUCUCCAUUGUGGUCAUGCCCAUUUGUUCAAUUUGUACAGAAUAACUAGUUUUAUAUUAUUAUGAAAUAUAAUUUAGAUUACCUUUCACUUUCAGGCAGUGCGUCCCUAGAAAGAAUCAUUUGGAAAGAGAGUCCGUUAGGGCAGUAGGUGGUGAUGUAAAUGUUGUAUCGAAUAUUCAGUUAGGUUGGAAGGACUGCCCUUUGCAUUUUAUGCUGCUUUGCACCAUAUGAGGGGCAUGUAACCUAACAUGCGACCUUCGUAAACUUCAUUUCAACCCAAAAAUCAAAUAUUGCACUCUUCUGGACGAAUGUUUAGAAUCUUGUUCUCUCCGUCCCUGGCAUCAUUUUCCC